GGGUCACAGUAUUUCUCUUCGGACUUUGUAUAAUGGAGGAAACUGUAAAAAGCGACGCGCUCCCGCAGACUGUUUCCGUCUGAGCGCACAGACGACUCUGUAAUAUUCAGAUGAGCUGUUUAUUGAGCCUAUUGCACAUCAGCCAGCGGUCUAGGAUAUACUGUACGCCGAUUGGCCCAGAAACCCUCGAAUGAUCGGCUCGGAAUUUGUACUGAAUGAGUGGGUGAAUGAGUCCGUGAACAUAUUGAGGAGGACAGAGGAUGAAUUUGGGGAUGUUUACGGUUUAAAAUGGAUGUGAACGGAACGGGAGCGCAUAAAGUGAGCCGGUGUGUUAAUGUGUCUGAACCCCGAGGAGAGUAGCCAAAAUCUGAAUAUUUGUGUCAAACUUGUGGCUGGCUGGAUCUUUUUAGUGUAGGCUUCAGGUGGAUCCAGGCCAGAGACAGCAGUGAGGAUGGGAGGUGGAGGCCAACUGACGGAGCCAGGAGAGUCGGGCAGCAGGCGAGCUGGAGGUGUUUACACCUGGGAGGAGGUGCAGAGCCACUGCAACAGGAAUGACCAGUGGCUGGUCAUUGAUCGAAAGGUUUAUGACAUCACCCAUUGGGCCAAAGGGCACCCAGGAGGGCACCGUGUCAUCAGCCACUAUGCUGGAGAGGAUGCCACGGAGGCCUUCACUGCUUUUCAUCCCAAUUUAAAGUUUGUGCAAAAGUUUCUGAAGCCCCUGCUGAUUGGAGAGCUGGCAGCAACAGAGCCCAGCCAGGACCGAAACAAAAAUCUUUACAGGAUGUUUCUAUUUCUGCCUUUCUGCUCUCAGGCAGCAAUUAUACAGGAUUUCUACACUUUACGUGCGCAGGCAGAGAGCGAGGGUCUGUUUAAAGCUCAGCCUUUGUUCUUCUGCCUCCACCUGGGUCACAUCCUGCUGUUGGAGGCCCUCGCCUGGCUCAUCAUCUGGCUCUGGGGAACCAGCUGGACUCUGACAUUUUUGUGCUCGAUCAUGCUGGCAACUGCUCAGUCGCAGGCCGGAUGGCUGCAGCACGACUUUGGCCACCUGUCUGUCUUCAAGAAGUCCAGCUGGAAUCACAUGUUGCACAAGUUUGUCAUCGGUCAUCUAAAGGGAGCCUCUGCCAACUGGUGGAAUCAUCGGCAUUUCCAGCAUCACGCUAAACCCAACAUCUUCAGUAAGGACCCAGAUGUCAACAUGUUGCACAUCUUCGUAGUUGGAGCCACUCAACCAGUAGAGUAUGGCAUAAAGAAGAUCAAAUAUAUGCCCUAUCAUCACCAACACCAGUACUUCCUUCUUGUUGGACCACCGCUGCUCAUUCCAGUUUACUUCCACAUUCAGAUUAUACGCACCAUGAUUUCCCGCCGUGACUGGGUGGAUCUGGCUUGGUCUAUGUCUUACUACCUUCGCUACCUGUGCUGUUAUGUACCCUUGUAUGGCCUGUUUGGCUCGUUGGCGCUCAUCAGUUUCGUCAGGUUUUUGGAGAGUCACUGGUUUGUGUGGGUGACUCAGAUGAAUCAUCUGCCGAUGGACAUCGACCACGAGAAGCACCAUGACUGGCUGACCAUGCAGUUACAAGCCACCUGUAAUAUUGAGAAGUCCUCUUUCAACGACUGGUUCAGCGGACACCUCAACUUUCAAAUCGAACACCAUUUGUUUCCUACAAUGCCGCGCCACAACUACCACCUGGUGGCGCCGCUGGUCCAUGCACUGUGUGAGAAACAUGGGAUUCCUUACCAGGUGAAGACGAUGUGGCAAGGCCUUGUUGAUGUUAUCAGGUCACUGAAAAACUCAGGGGACCUCUGGCUUGAUGCAUAUCUCCAUAAAUGACCAAUUGUAUUCUCUACCCUGUACCUAAAAGGAGUGAUGUUUUUCUUCUCUUCUGCAUCAUACAUUGAUUGUAUCAGUUUGGUUUUAUAAUCCAGUUGAUAGUGUGGGAAUGAUCUUUUCUUAUCGUUGGUGUUAUAGUUUAUAGUCUUUUCAGAUUCUGUGCAGUAUUUUUAGUGCUCACAGGAUUUUUCUCUAAAUUGCCUUACAGUAUCUUGAUCAUCAGUGGUAUGGUGUUAUCAAUACAAUUGUGAAAAUUGAUUUGUGAGUUAUUUAAGGUGAUGUUUUUUUCUUUAUUUACAAUGUGAUACAGUUUGAACAAUAAAACAGACAAAUUACACAUCCUGUUUUCCUGUUUAACUGAGGAUGAAAAUGUUCUCCACUUAAUUAAAUUUUCUUCUUUCUGUCAAACUUCUUUACUUGCAACUCUACGUCUUACAAUAAAGGAACUGUAUUGAC